CUUUUCAAAUUUUUAUUUUCUGUCUUUAAUGUUUUAAAUACAUAAGUCAAUGUUUACAAAUAAUUUAAUGUCUGUAGUACCUAAGUUUUAAUAAAAUAAACUCGCAUGGUAAGUUUUUAUUAGUACGAAAAGGCAGUUUAGGAUUUCCACCCCAUGAAAAUUAAAAAGGUUGCGGCGCAGCGUGGGUGCAUUCGCGUCGUGCGUGAGUCAAGUUAGGGGAGGAGGUGAAAUAAUUCAUUCAGUCUCUGGCAACCGUCGAGUGUAGUCGGGAACUGAAGAGUGCUCCUGUUGGAAGAGACAGUGUUUUUAAAUUAAAGUGUUGUUGUAUGAUGGUGGUGACUUAAACAUGGGCGACUUACGAAACAUUGAGGUAGUGAGCCAAGAGGAGGAAGUGGUUGACCAAGGGCCACAAAAGACGCCACAAGAGGCACCACAAGAGGCACCACAAGAGGCACCACAAGAGACACCACAAGAAAAGCCUCAAGAUGCAGUAGUUGUUGAGCAAGGCACCAUCGAGACGGAUAAGAAGGAUUUGUUGUGGAUGGGCGGCGUUGCGGAGUGUUUUACAACUGUGCUGUCACUGUUUGGGCGCGCUGAUCUGAAGAUUUCGAAGGAUGAAAGCUGGGUCGUGCCAUAUGAGGAGAUCACAGAAAUGUCUUAUGUCGGCUCGGGGGCCCAAGGCACCGUCUUUAAAGGCCUACUGCGUGGUGAAAUCGUCGCCUUCAAAAAAGUGAAGUCUCACUCUGAGACAAACAUAAAACAUCUGAGGAAAUUGAACCAUGACAACAUUGUUCAAUUCCGUGGCAUCUGCACCAAGUCACCUAAUUUUGGUGUGAUUAUGGAGUACUGUCAGUAUGGGCCGCUGUACGAUUACAUCCAUGGAUCCAACCAGUUCGCUCCGAAGCAGCUUCUGAAGUGGGCCAAGGAGAUAGCGCUGGGUUUGGCCUACUUGCAUACUCACAAGAUCAUUCAUCGGGACUUGAAAAGCCCUAACAUUCUGGUCGCUGAUAACCUGGUGCUCAAGGUUUCCGACUUUGGGACGUCCCGCGAAUGGAAUGAUGUUAGCACGAUCAUGAGCUUCACCGGCACUGUGGCCUGGAUGGCUCCCGAAGUGAUUCGCCACGAGCCCUGCUCUGAGCGGGUGGAUGUGUGGUCUUAUGGCGUGGUGCUGUGGGAACUGUUGACCCAAGAAAUCCCUUACAAGAACGUAGAGACUCAUGCCAUAAUGUGGGGUGUGGGUACCGAUACCGUGCGCCUUCAUGUCCCCGCGACCAUCCCAGGGAGUUUCCAGUUGCUGCUGAAUCAGUGCUGGAACCGUACGCCCAGGAACAGGCCUCCGUUUAAGAUCAUUGCCGCUCACCUGGAUAUCGCGGCUAAUGACUUCAUAGCCUUGGAAGAUGACUUUGUGGCUACCCAAGGAGUCUGGCGGGAGGAAGUGCAAGAUGCUAUGGAAAGACUCUAUGUGAAGACGGAGCAGCCUUCGCUGUCGGACGCUAUGCAACGCCGCGAGGAGCUGAACAAGGCGCAGUGCGCUCGCGAGGUGUACGAGGCCCAGCUGUCGCGCGCCAACGAGCUCUACAUGGAGGUAUGCUCCGUGAGGCUUCAGCUGGAACAGCGCGAGCAGGCUCUGUUGGAACGUGAGCAAGCGCUAAACAAGGCUUGCCGAUGCGGCCUCCGCAAGAAGUUCUUCCAGCGUCAGCUGUCUUCCUCAUCCGACGGCUUGAAGAAGGCUUACGGCCCUCCGGCCAACGCUGGCGGCUGCUGCAAGAAGAAGUCUGAGGGCAUCCCUGCCCAAGUGCUGCUAAGCUUCGACGAGAACAACCCAGACCAGCCGAUCUCCGUCGUCUUGAAGGAGGAACAGGAGAGCACCUGCUGCGACUGCUGCGAUGACCGCUUCGAGAACAACAACAUGGCCACCAUCAAAGAUACGGUGGUUGAGAAAAAUGGUAACGUAGACUUCGUCGAGAAGUUCCAGAAGUUGGACAACUACAUGUCCAACGUGGCUCAAGUCUGAAGUCCUUUCGGCUUGAGAUAUUACAGGGAGGUGAGGAGGGCGUGCAACUAAGUUUAGUUAAUGAUCCCUUAGGGAAGUCGCAUGACAUUAUUAUAAUUAUUAUAGCUGUGUAAUCAUUGAUACGUGUGACUUAGAUUUCGUGCAGAUUGACUACGUCAAUUCCAACUUCUCACUACGUGGCCCGAGAGAUUACGGUCACUUUUGUGUCGUUGCAGAUAUGUGGAAGCUCACGCCCCCCUCCCGUAUUAUUCAAAGAUUUAUAGGGUUGUUAUUUUUAACUUAACAAUUGGGGUCAUGCUUUAAUGCAAUUUGAGGGUUGUCACCAUGUUAUGUCUUCUGCUAUUACCUUACGUAUUUACGUACCUCACGAAAGUAUUUUGUUUAAAAUGAACCCUCGUACCUGAUUGCUCUCUCAUCCAUAAAAAGCUUUUUAUACCAAACCGGUAUGUACUUAAUUUAUUUGCUCAAAAAGGUGGCAACCCUAUAAAUAGAGGGACCUUUUUAAAGUCGUUAAAAAUAAACAAAAAAAUACAAAAAAAAGUUGGUGUAUGUGUCGAUUAUAUACGGCGUAUCUGUCGUUUUACUGUAGCAUGAUGGACUGUAAGUUAUCCUUUCGAUGCACAUUUGCAGUCUUUUUGUGCCUAAAGAAGACCUGAGUUACUCCACUAUAUUCUUUGACAUCUCUCGCCUGCGCUUGGGCAUCAUUCUUGUUAUUUUAUGAGUAACGACAAACGUACAGAUUUAUGAUCUUUUUCGUCACACGGAUUCGAAAAGACUGCAAAUCCUUUAUAGAUGUUUCAAUACAAUAACAUAUUGCUCAGCUCCCUAGGUGAGCGCUCUACAUUCCGAGGCACUGACCCUUUUCGUGCCCUUAUACACUACUUCUAAGGAAAUCUGGGAUUUAUUUCUUUCCUAGGAAAUUUUAAAGAAAUCCUUUUUCAGGGCAAUUCUGAUUUAUUUCUUUUGAGAUUAAUAACAGUGAUAUCUUGGCUUUAAACAUGAAUAUGGACUCUUGAAAUAUAUUUUUUUUAUAUUGUGAAGAAUUAGCCCAUUAUGAUUUAUUCCUUUUUGAUUACCUUGUAAUCUGGAUAGGCGUUAAACAACUGUACUUCCUUGAUAAGUGUUACCUAUUCUUCGAUCAUGUGUUUACUCCACGAACUUGCGCUAUAUCUGUAUCUGUAUGACCUACAGGUUAUCUAGUCAAAAAGAACUAGUCUAAAAUACUUAUUUACAAUGGCAUAAUAUUAUUUUAAUGCAAAUUUUAGAUCUCGAACUAACAUGCCUGUUGGAUUUAUUCAACUGACAUUUUAAAUUAAGAUGGCGCAUAGUAUCGUUUGUUAAGAUUUAAUUUAUUAUUUGUAAAAAUGGUUAUCGAAAUCAGCUUUACAAUUUUAUUAAGUACUCUUGUUAUAUUAAUUUAGUUUUAGCUGGCCUAAAACUUUUCUAGUUUUGGUUAUAAUGAUCGAAUUUUCUUUAGAUCUGCACAUUUUUUUUGUAUAGGUUGUGAUUUUAUUUUGUUUAUUUUGCCUGAAAAUGUAAUCUCAUAUUUUUUUUGUUAUAAAGUAUAUUUUGGUGCUUUUGCACGUUAUUUCUUAGCUAUAUUGUAUGAUUUUUGAUCAGUUUCGGCGAUUGGUAAGUGCGUCGUGCACGCAUUUAUGGUUUUGGCAAAUAUGAAUUAUAUUGGAGAAGAGAAGUGACUUGAUAGUAGUUGAUAUUGAUAUUUUUGUAACAUAUUUUUUGCUGCGCGUACCACUUUGAAUAGGCUUGAAAAGUACUAUUUUAACGUAGGUUGAAUCGGCCUGUUUGACACGCCAAAGCAAAGUAUAUGUUAGUGAUGGGCAGAGACGCGGGAGGCGUAGGGACGCAUGCGUGCGCGUUUAUGCGCAAUAGUAUUUUUUCACUUAAAAAUUAACGCACGCAUAUGUACAUAAAAGCCUAUCAUUAGGUCAGGCUUUUAUGUGAUAGGCCUUACAUCACGAAACGAUUUCUAUUUAUUCGACUCUAUUCAUCUCUCUCGCUCCCACUAUUAUUCGCUAUUAUGUGUGAAAGAGAUGCAUGGAAUGUGUAUUUGGAAAUCGUUUGUAGGAUCUGUAGUUGUGAAAAUUGUAAUAUACUUAAAAUAACCAUUCGGUUCAGCUUAAAAUAUUUUUUCGGAUAUCAAAAUUAAAAACGUAUGGUUUGUGUUUAAACUAAAAGGUUUAUUUUUUCUAACGUUGGCCUUUAACACGAAAUGCAUUUAAAUUUUAUAAAAUAAUGUGACUUUAGCCUGACUAUUUUUUAAUAUUCUUUACCAAAGAUGUCAAAUAAAGGUGUACGAAAUGCAUGGAUUUGAUGACGGUUCCAAAAAGUAAGAUCUCAUUUUUUGUAUAGUCAUUAUUUAACAAUACAUUAAAUUCGUCCUUUUAAUAAAUAAAUUAACUCACGUCUAUUACGUUUACUAUAUAAAGCCAAAGGCCAGCCCAUUUACUCUUAUAUUUAAGUUCCAAAUAUUUUGUUUGUUUUAUUAACAUAAGUUUGUUACAAGACUGCUACAAGUCAAGUAUUUUUGAUGCGACUUUACUAUUUCUACAAUUAUAUAUACCCGUUAAGAAAACUCACGUUGAAUACAACUGGUAAUGAUAACCACCAAAUUAUACUAUUCUGAACUUUAUGUCAGUUAAGUUUAACCUUUAACUAUGGACGUCGGGUCUCAGAGGCCCACCCCCCUUUUCAAUUUCUCGGUUUAAAUAUCUUCCCGCCACGUGCUGCUCUCGACCAUCUCAGUAGCUUCAGUUUUAACUGUGUAAGGACCGAGGAGGCAUAAAAUCGCGUCUUCCGGCACUUAUUACGUGAGUAAUAACCAUCCAAAAUUUUAUCGUGGUCUGGGAGACCCGAUGACUAUAAUUUCCAUACAAACAUACUUGUAUGGAUGUGACUUGUCAACUAUAAUUUUUUUAUAGUAUAUCAUAAUAUGUUGUAAAUUGUUUUAGUUUAAGAAUACAUAAUGGUAGAAAGUAUCUGAGUACAUCAGCUAUAUUAUUAGCCCAACUAUCUAAGUAACAUUCCAGAAGUAAGGUUUUACUUGUAGACGAUCCUUCUUUUGAGUUUAGAUGUCUUAGAAGGUACCAUUGCUGCCGAUUCCGAUUCUGAUAGGUGUAUAUUUUGCCUAUCAAAGCUCUCAAAGAAAAAUGACACAUGCCUGUAGAGAUAAUUUGUCUUUAGUGUUCUAGGCCACUGUUUAUAAUUUUUGUAAGUUUAACCCUUGUCAAAAUUUUUAUUUUAUGUCUUUCUGAAAUUCUGUUUAUGUUUUUAUGUUACACGGUUAUUAAUUAGCAAGGAAAAAAAUAUUAGUUUUAUUUAUUAUUAAUCGACUGUAAUUAAGGAGCCUAUAUGUGAUGCUAAGACAAUUCACACUGAAAAACGUCUAUGUUUUUUAAAUUUGCCAAAAAAUAAUUAAAUAAUGAUUAAAAAUUGAUUAAUUUACUACUAGAUCCUUUAUUAAUAGUUAUUAGAUAUAUAUCAACUCUUUGAUAAAUUCAAAUUGGUUCAGAUAUGAAAUUAUGUAGAAUUUUAGAUAGGGGUCUGUGAGACCCGACGUCCAUGGGAGUGUGAUUAUUUUUUCACGACUAUAGUUAAAGGUUAAGGUCGAUCUCACCUGAGUUUCUUUCUAAGCCCGGCGUGUAUCUUGACGGGUAUUCUUCAACUCUCGCUCAAGCACGUUGCCAAUUUCAUUUUGGACCUUACUGCCUUGGAGUAAGGCUUUAAGUUCUAUUUAUUUUUUUUCGUCCUAAAUGAAAAACCGUGACGUGCUGAGCCUUAGAAAUCGGUGUUUAAAAUUAAGUUAAGUCCAUUUCAAUGAAAACACAAUAGGAUUUUUGAUUCGUUCAUAUUGUUUAUAUAAGUCGUAUUUAUACUUCAGCGCAUGUUAUUUUAACUAAGUUAUGUUAUGAGAUAAAGUUUGAGUUACCGUUCAAUUACUCUCUAGGUACAAUUUAGUGACCUAUUGUGGUUUUAUGAAAAUUUGGACUAGAUAUAAGUACUUAAUAAGUCAUUAUUCUAGCAUUUAGAUAUCAUGUUAGCCAUCUGCGAUUCGCAAAGAUAUUAUAAUGUAGACAAUUUAUGUAGCAGCCGUAAAAAAAGAAAAGAAAACGACAACAAAAAUCUGUGACUGAAACAAAAGAACAUAUUUUAACAUUCUGAAAAAGCUGCGUGGAAUCCACGUAUGCAAAAAUCGAUUCCAAAACUUACAGUUCAUUGGUGUAAUUUUGAAACCAUUUGUGUUAUUUAAAAAAAAAACAUUAAUCUAUGGGAAAGUUAAGACAGUGUGAGUUGUCAUCUCACCUUUGCGCAAAUACUAUACACCAGCUAAAAGUCCCCUAGAUUGCAAAUAAAAAACAUCAUCAAUACGCUGGUGUACAGUCGCAGGCACUUUAAUAUAGCACUUAUCGCAACUGCGUAAGGUGCUUAACUUGAGUGACAGAUCACCUGCGCAUACGCAGCCAGAAUGACAACAAUUCACCACGUUGGCACAAAAAGAUAAUAAAAUUCAAAUCAAAAAUUUCUCUCCCUUUCUUUCUGGCCAUUAAUUUUAAAUAGUUUUUUUUGGAAAUAUCGGAUUCGUUACCAGAGUUUUCAGAACUGGCUUUUCGAACAAGUGUUUUUGCGAAUCGUGGUUGUCAUUUUGUUUGUACUGCCCUGUGUACUAAGUUUUAAGACUGAUUCUAAAGCACACCAAUGUAUCAAUCAUUCGACCGAGUGAUUGCACUCAACCGCCAGUGUUAACUGAAGGCGUUCUGUUGUAGCUAAGAUUCAGUCAUCUUCUGUUUGAUGCACCCGGGGUCUUUAAAUUAAUUUACAGGGUGUUAUGUGUUUUGAAUUGUCGACGAAACGAUCUCGACCCUGGGUUUGUAGCAUGUAAGUUUAGCUCAUAUUACAUGUAGCGUAUGUGAAUCAAUAAAGAUUAUUCCAAAAUA